AUGCUCAAAGAAACUAGAAAAGCACAAAAAUCAUUAGAUACUAAUGUCGGUCACUGGAGUAAAGAGGAGGAUGAAAAAUUAAAAAGAUUGAUUAAAGACUUCGGCGCUAAACGGUGGCGCAUCAUUGCCUCGAAAAUGGGUACUCGUGAUGCCAAGCAAUGUAGAGAAAGAUUUUGUGGACAUCUCGAAAAAAGCAUUAACAAAAACCCGUUAUCGUCAUUUGAAGAUGAAAUGGUUGUCCGUUAUCGUGAAAGUAACCAUGGUUGGGCAGAGAUUGCAAAGCUUCUCGGUAACAAUAGAACGCCAAAUCAAAUUAAAAAUAAUUACAACCAGCGCUUGUCAAAAGGAUCAAAACCUUCGUCACUUAACCUAUCUAGUCAAAUUUCAAGAAAUGUCGUUUGCAUCGAUGCUUCUAUAUCUAGGUAA